AUGUCCUCGGAUACCAAGACCAAGUUCUCCCAUCUGCCCCUCAGCGCCAGAGGGCCUAUUGAGUGUGCAGUUACUGGUCAUUCGUUACUGAACACGCCGUAUUUCAAUCGAGGAUCUGCACAUAGCUAUGAGGAGCGGCACGAAUUCAACCUCACUGGACUGCUGCUCCAAAGUGUCCAGACGCUCGAACAGCAGGUCAAUCGAGCGUAUGACCAGUGUUCUCUGACAGAGCACUAG